CAAGUUCCUUAUCUUUUGCAGGGUAGAACCUCAACCCUGUCUGGCAGUCUUGCACUAAUUAGGCUACUCUCAAUUUCUUCUCCUUCACUCUCAGAGAACUCAUAUGGCCGCCACACUCACUCUUCUAAAGCUUCCAAUCCUUCCUAACAAGCCAUUACUGCCACGCCCAUCAACCUCAAAACUUUUUCCACUUCCUUCCAUCUAUUCAAAAUUAAAUAUCCCAAAAGAUUAUAUUGUUUCUCCUAACAACAUCGAUGCUCUCAAGCCUGCCUUUCUUUCCCUCUCGGCAAUCACAUUUCCAUUGUUAUUAGAAACCAAGGAUGCACUUGCUGUUGGUGGAGAGUUUGGGAUAUUGGAAGGAAGAUCAUUUGCUCUCAUACACCCCAUUGUGAUGGGUUCUUUUUUCUUGUAUACAUUGUGGGCAGGGUAUUUGGGGUGGCAAUGGCGGCGAGUUAGGACUAUCCAGAAUGAUAUUAAUGACCUCAAGAAACAAGUCAAACCUACCCCAGUCACCCCAGAUGGGAAACCAGUGGAAGAAGCAUCACCAUCACCGGUUGAACUCCAAAUACAGCAACUCACAGAGGAAAGGAAAGAGCUGAUCAAAGGUUCCUAUAAGGAUAGACACUUCAAUGCAGGAUCCAUACUUCUAGGAUUUGGGGUGCUUGAGUCAAUUGGUGGAGGAGUCAACACAUGGUUUAGGACAGGAAAGCUUUUUCCCGGUCCACAUUUAUUUGCAGGAGCAGCUAUUACCGUUUUAUGGGCACUGGCAGCAGCCCUGGUACCAUCAAUGCAAAAAGGAAAUGAAACAGCCAGAAAUCUUCACAUCGCGCUGAAUGCAGUAAACGUUCUGCUCUUUGUGUGGCAGAUUCCCACUGGAAUUGACAUUGUGUUUAAGGUGUUUGAGUUCACAACAUGGCCUUGAAUGUAAGAAUCUAAAGUGUAAGUUCCCUGGUAUUUUACUUUCAAUUUUGCUUUCUGGCACCAUCAAAUAAUUUUGACAUUUUCUACUCUCCUUUAGCCAUAUGUACCAUGAUUAAGUGCCAGACAAGCAUUGAAUAAUUGCAUUACACCAUUCUUUAGUGUAAAAGUUGGCAUAUAAAGAACUUCUUACAUUCGCAUUCUUCUGCAAUUGAAUGGGUAGUGCUUGUAGUCUUGCACCUUGCU